AAAUAUCCCUCCCUCAUACAGACUACAUCUCCCAUAAGGGCUCAGCGCCAGCUCAUUGUCCCGGUGCAUGUAGGGAAUUUUCUCCUCUUGGUGAAGAGUUUGAUCCGUUACACACAGACAGCAGCAGCAGCAGUUUCUUGUCACGGUGUGUGCAGAGGCAGCAAUCGCAGGAGCCAUGUCAGACCCCAGCUCGUUCUCCAACCCGGAGCAGCUCAUCACCCGGCACCUGAACCUCCACCUGAGUGUUGACUUCCCCAAGCGUGUGAUCUCCGCCUCCAGCUCUCUGACCGUGCGAUGCCUGCAGGACUCCCUGACCAGCCUGAUUUUGGACACCAAGGACCUCACUAUAAAGCGGGUUUCUGUGAAUGGGCAAGACGCAAAAUUUUCCCUAGGAACGAGUCACAGCUUUAAAGGCACUCCUCUAGAGGUCACUCUUCCUUUUCCCCUGACCAGAGGACAGGAGGCUAUUUUAGAGAUAUGUUCUGAAACCUCCCCGAAAUCAUCCGCUCUUCAAUGGCUUAAUCCAGAACAGACUGCGGGGAAGAUUCAUCCUUAUCUCUUCAGUCAGUGCCAGGCCACACAUUGCAGAACUAUUAUUCCUUGUCAAGACACUCCAUCUGUGAAAUUCACCUACUAUUGUCAGGUUUCCAUUCCAAAAGAAUUGGUGGCCUUAAUGAGUGCUCUUCAUGAUGGGGACUUUCCUGAUCCAAGUGACUGCAAAAGGCAGAUUUAUCGCUUUAAGCAAAAUGUGCCAAUACCAAGCUACUUAGUUGCCCUCGUGGUUGGAGCUGUGGAGGGGAAGAAAAUUGGCCCCAGGACAACAGUAUGGACAGAGAAAGAGCUGUUGGAGGCCUCUGUCUAUGAGUUUGGCGAGACUGAGAAAAUGCUGAAAUAUGCAGAAGAUCUGGCUGGUCCUUAUGUCUGGGAAAAAUAUGAUCUGCUUAUUUUGCCUCCAUCUUUCCCAUAUGGUGGUAUGGAGAACCCAUGCCUGACCUUUGUAACUCCAACUGUGCUGGCUGGUGAUCGUUCUCUAGCAAGUGUCAUUGCACAUGAAAUCUCACACAGCUGGACAGGAAAUUUGGUCACCAACAAAACCUGGGAAAACUUCUGGUUAAAUGAAGGUCACACAGUCUAUUUGGAGCGGAGAAUUGACGGACUCCUCUAUGGGGAACAGUUUCGGCAAUUCAAGGCUUUAGGGGGAUGGAAGGAACUUCAAACUUCAGUUAACACCUUUGGUGCCAGCAAUCCCCUCACAAACUUGGUCCCAAAUUUACACGAGGUUGAUGUGGAUGCAGCUUUCUCCUCUGUUCCUUAUGAGAAAGGAUUUGCUCUUUUGUUCUACCUUGAACAACUUCUUGGAGGACCAGAUGUUUUUUUGGGUUUUUUGAAAGCGUACAUACAGGCGUUUUCUUAUAAGGCUGUAACUACAGAUGAAUGGAAGAAGUUCUUGUAUUCCUAUUUCAAAGACAAGGCGGAAAUUCUUAACCAAGUUGAUUGGAACGGGUGGAUGCAUACUCCUGGUAUGCCACCGGUGCAGCCAAAGUAUGACAUGACUCUGGCCAACGCUUGCAUUGCACUCAGCAAUAGAUGGUUGGAAGCCAAGGGAAGUGACUUGAACUCCUUCACUGCUGCCGAUAUAAAAGCAUUAUCAUCCCAUCAGCAAAUUGAGUUCCUUACACUUUUACUACUUAAGGAUCCAUUGUCUGUGUCUCAUGUGACCCAUAUGCAAGAGGUGUACAACUUUAAUGAAGUUAAGAACUCAGAAAUUCUGUUCAGGUGGCUACGUCUCUGUAUUCGUGCAAAAUGGGAAAAAGUAAUCCCAUUGGCUUUAAAAAUGGCAACGGAGCAGGGACGGAUGAAAUUUACUCGUCCUUUGUAUAGGGACCUUUAUAACUUUGACAAGGCUCGGGAUCAAGCAGUUCAAACUUUUUUAAAGAACAGAUCCUUCAUGCAUCCAGUGACAGAAAUGCUGGUGGCGAAAGACCUACAUGUUUCCUAGUGAUAAAUAGCUUUAUACCCUAUUUAGGAACAACCGCUUAGGUUAAACCUUGUAAGCUCUCACCUACAUCUGAAGUUUAAGAAAAAAAAAACACUUUGUAAAGUUUGUUAUACAUGCAGAAUGCCACAAUAAAAACAUACAGCUGAAAUAA